CCCUAACCUACUGCUACCUUCAAACAAACGUACAAUGCCCUCCAUCGGUCUUUGCUUCUUUUUUCUGGGUGUGGUUGUUGUUUCUGUCACAGCAAUUGAAACAACAACAGGGAAUGGGUUUCCCACAGCGUCCACUACUGUCAAUCUUUCCGCCACUGUAACACCCGUCAGCGUCACCACAGCCACCAGCACCAACAAUGCCACUGCCAAAGGGACCAUGAGCAGCAACAAGGGCAGCAACACCAGCUUACCCUCCACAACAAAGCAGCAAGGUGGGGCGAGCACUAUAAGUGUCAACGAAACUCAAAGUUCAUCCCCAAUCACCACCACCAAAUCUAAUAAGCUAUCCAAAAGCACAACAACCAUCAAAACAACAACCAAAACAAACAAGGACACAAGAAACACUGCUAAGACAAAGAAGUCGACAGCAGUCGACAACACCGGCCUUAUCAUCCUCAUGGUGAUCAUCCUCAUAGCCCUUGGAUUUGGAGUUACCUGCUUCGUCUUACGGAAAAGAGGAAGGCAUGCCUCAGUCGACUUCACCUCCAGACCGGAUGAAUCCAACAUCCUUCUCAGAACUAUGGAGCCCGACUUGCCGAUUGAUGCCGUACCUCAGAACGGUCUGCAAACCUUUGAAAGUCCAGAAAAAGAGCCGCAAGAACCGGAGGCCAAACCUGGAAUACAGGAGGAGCAGAAAGCUGAGGCUGAUAAAUCUGUGGUUGAGUCUGCUGCCCCGGCGCCAACCCCAGACAGCUCCGAGGACAAGCCCAAAGAGCACGUCGUCGAGCAGAGUCCCCCCAAACCUGUGGAGCCGAGUGUGGAGGAGAAAGCUGAUGACGACGGCGUCGUCUCCAACGAAACCUCUGUGGAGUCGCUGAAGGAGGCGAAUGAGAACAACAGCAACAAUGCUGACUUCAGUCAGACAAGAGACAUCAACUUCUGGGACGUUCCUCUCAAUUGCCCGGUGUGAGACAUUUUGCCGAUCUGCUCCUGUGUUCUUCAGGAACUUGAUUGAAGAAGUGACCUCAGGGGAGAAGGACACGUCUGUUCGUACGGUGUGAGGAAUCUAGUGCACCUCUUUAUUUCCUCUUUGUUGGAAACAAAUGUAUUCCAACACAGCAGCUUUUUAAAAGUUAAACGUCAGCUGAACUAAGUUUUAAGCAUUUUACUGAUUGAACUAAAUUUUUAUUUGACAAAUGGUCACAAUUUACUUGGUUUAUAUACUAAAUGUUAUUACUUUUGGUACUACAAUACAGUUAUACACUUUAGAUUAUACCCCCCAUUGAGCAUGCAUAUAAUAAAAUGUUUAUAACACAUAUAAUUGUCUAUUUUGUAUUUGGCAACAAUUAUAACUCGUUCUGUGGAUAUAUAUAAUAGUAGAUUAAAAUACAGCUGUUAUAAUAUGAAAUAUGUCUUCACAGUUACAAUUGCUGACAAAUACUUUAAAUAAAUUUACCAACGUUACAAUAUGUUGGUACAUAUUUGUAUAUUAUGAUAAGUAUGAUAUAUAAAUAAAGGACUAGCAGGUUUAAAUAAGUUAUCUUGUUUCAAUUAAGGAUGUAAUGUUAUUUUUUAAGAUCCUGCACUUUGCUUUUUCAUGCUGUUCCCAUUCAGUAGUAUUUGAGGUUCCCUUAUGCUAAAAAUAAUUGCUGUGAAUGACAUGAAUGUAUUAAAGAAAAGUGUUCUAACUAUG